AUGGCAGGAAUUACCUGCAGCUGCAGAGCAGCAGAAGGAGGGAAGGUCAGCGAGCCCGUCUCAUCAGCCCCACCAUCUACCUGCCCCGGAGCGCUGUCUGCAUGGUCUUCCAGUACCAGGCGUGGGGCAGUAACGGGGUGAUGCUACGGGUCUGGCGGGAAGCCAGCCAGGAGCACAAGGCGCUGUGGGUCAUCACAGAGGACCAAGGGGAGGAGUGGAGGGAAGGCCGCAUCAUCUUGCCGAGCUACGACACGGAGUACCGGAUUGUGUUUGAGGGAUUUAUACGCAAUGGCCACUCGGGAAAGCUUGCCCUCGAUGACAUCCGGCUAGGCACCGACAUCCCGCUGGAGAACUGCAUGGAACCCAUCACAGCUUUCCCAGUGAACUUCCCAAGAAUGGAGGAUGACUUUCCAGUCUCUGAGCAAGACUUUGAAGACAGUGAUGAUCCAGAUUACUUUGGAUCGGAUAGGAACGACACACUGUUCUCUACUAACUCUCCAGGAACCCCGAAGCUGGACAAAGAAAAAAGCUGGCUCUACACCCUCGAUCCUAUCCUGGUGACCAUCAUAGCAAUGAGCUCCCUCGGCGUCCUCCUCGGGGCCAUCUGUGCCGGUCUGCUCCUCUACUGCACGUGCUCAUACGCUGGGCUGUCCUCACGGAGCUCCACCACGCUGGAGAACUACAACUUCGAGCUGUACGACGGCAUCAAGCACAAGGUCAAGAUGAACCACCAGAAGUGCUGCUCAGAGGCCUGAUGGGUGCCUUGGGGACCACCCUCGGUGUUGCGCCCGGUGAGGUGGGCUGGCGGGGGGUUACUUUUUUUGCUGUUUUCUAUGGGAACUGAAUGCCAUAACGGGGAAGGAGGAGUGCGGGAGGAGUGAGGGGAGGUGCUGCUCCUACCACCAGUUCCCACCGGUGAGUCACGCUCCGCCAGGACCAAGCGGGCACUCCCGCAAACUGGACUGUACUGGGCAAGGGGGGACUGAGACCCCUGUUUG